AUGGACGCACAUUAUCAAGGACCAGGCCACAGGUUGGGGGGAUGUGUCAGGGCCGGUGGUGUCCUCAGCCCCCAGUCUGAUGGAGGGGUAUGGGGGCUGGAUGGAGACGAGGGGGCUGGCACAGGGGUGGACAGCGCCAUCUUCCAGGUCCCAUGCAUAGGGAAGAUCAUCCACAACGGUCCUGACAAGUUUAGAGGACUGCCACCCUCACUAUCAGACAGCGAGGGGGGUGGGGGCAAGACCCAGGUGAUGGGGGAGAUCAAGGUGGCUCUGAAGAAGGAGGUGAAACAAGAGGGAGACCAGCUGAUCCUGGAAGUCCUACAGUGUAGAAACAUCACUUACAAAUUCAAGAGCCCAGACCACCUACCAGAUCUCUAUGUGAAGCUGUAUGUGGUGAACGUGGCGACUCAGAAGAGGAUUAUCAAGAAGAAGACCAGAGUGUGUCGUCACGACAGAGAACCCUCCUUCAACGAGACCUUUAGGUUCAGCCUCAACCCCACCGGACACUCCCUGCAGUUGUUCCUGGUGUCUAACGGGGGUAAGUUUAUGAAGAAGACCCUGAUAGGAGAGGCCUACAUCUGGCUGGACAAGGUGGACAUGAGGAAGAGGGUGGUCAGCUGGCACAAGCUGCUGGUCAGCUCCACACACAACCAGUCAUGAGAGGUCAACUUGAGAGGACACCGAGGGGUCAACCAGAGGUCAGUGAAGAUCAAUGAAUACUUAUGGUCAAUGGCUGUUCUUUGUCAAGACGAGGAGGAGGAGUUGAGUUACACAGUGCCCUUCAUCCCCUUUGUGUUAUUCUGUAUGGAAAGAAAAGA